AUGAAAAGUAUUGGUUCGACAGAAAAUAGAGAGAGGGAGUCUCUACUCGAAGAAAGGAGAAAAAAACUAGCAAAAUGGAAACAAAAGAAAGCACAAUUUGAUGCUCAGAAAGAGAAUCAAACUCUAAACAGUAACAUUGUUACUAACAGUUCAGAGAUUAAGCAGAAUGCUGGAAAGUUUGCCGCAAGGCAGGAAAAGGUGAAAGAAAAGCUUCGAAAAAGGAAAAUUGAACUAGAGAAACCUCAUCAGCGUCUAUUGGAUAAACCUUCAAAGAAAAAGUCUAAGAAAAACAAGAAAAAGGACAAGGUGUCUUUCGAAUUCAGUGAUAAUGAAGAAGCAGUAGCAGUGAAUGCUUUCUCAAUGAACGAAGACUUUAAAGACGUAGCGGAGCACGACGAUGAGAAGGAUCCAUUAGAUGAGUUUAUGACAUCAUUGAAAGCUGAAGAGACUAGCCGUAAUAAGAUCUUGUACGAUUCAGGAGUCAUCCUGGACGCAGAUGAUCAACUGGUUGAAUUGGAAGAAGCUGAUGACGAAAAUAUUAACGACAGCACCGAUAACUCUAACAUAUCUAAAAUUGCCAAACUAAAAGCGAAAAAACGUGUAAAGCAAAUUAAUUAUCUGCCGGAAGAACUGGAGCCAUUUCAAAAGAACUUCUAUGUAGAAUCUGAAGCAAUCUCCUCGAUGACUGAGACGGAAGUAGAAGAGCUCAGACUGAGCCUGGACAACAUCACAAUAAAGGGAACAGGGUGUCCAAAGCCGGUAACGAAGUGGACACAUUUGGGGCUAUCAACAGAUACUAUGAAUUUAAUUACCAACAGGUUACGAUUUGACUCUUUAACCCCAAUUCAAUCCCAGGCGCUGCCAGCCAUCAUGUCAGGUCGUGAUGUAAUUGGAAUAUCUAAGACAGGGUCCGGUAAAACCAUAUCUUAUCUUUUACCAUUAUUAAGACAAGUGAAAGCUCAACGGCCAUUAUCUAAGCAUGAAACAGGGCCUUUGGGUUUGAUUUUGGCACCAACACGGGAGUUAGCUCUACAGAUACAUGAAGAAGUUAACAAGUUCACAGAAACAGACGCAAGCAUAAGAUCGGUAUGCUGUACGGGUGGCUCUGAGAUGAAGAGGCAGAUCACUGAUCUCAAAAGAGGUGCUGAAAUAGUUGUUGCUACGCCUGGAAGAUUUAUUGAUAUACUAACUUUAAACGACGGAAAAUUGCUAAGUACCAAAAGAAUAACAUUUGUAAUAAUGGACGAAGCAGACAGAUUAUUCGAUUUAGGCUUUGAGCCUCAAAUCACCCAAAUCAUGAAAACAGUUCGGCCGGAUAAACAAUUUGUUUUGUUUAGUGCGACUUUCCCAAAUAAGUUACGUAGUUUUGCGGUCAGAGUUUUGCGAUCUCCAAUAUCCAUUACAAUUAAUUCGAAAGGUUUGGUUAACGAAAACGUUAAGCAAAAGUUUAAAAUAUGUCAUUCAGAAGAUGAAAAAUUUGAUAACCUGAUACAAAUUGUUCGUAAGCGCAACGAAUUUUUUGAUGAGGCUCAAACCGAAGUUGACGGAGACACGAGUGAUCUCGAAGAAGUUGAUUCUAAAGCUAUUAUAUUUGUGUCAAGCCAACAGAUUUGCGAUUUAAUUUCCAAAAAACUGACAAACGUGGGCGUUGUGACCUACGCUAUUCAUGCAGGCAAACCGUAUCAAGAAAGAGUCAUGAAUUUGGAAAAAUUCAAGAGAGAGAAAAAUAGCAUUCUGCUUUGUACAGAAGUUCUUUCAAGAGGCCUGAAUGUGCCGGAAGUGUCACUGGUUAUCAUUUAUAACUCCGUUAAGACAUUUGCGCAAUAUGUUCACACUACCGGAAGAACCGCCAGGGGUAGUCGUUCGGGUAUUGCCAUAACCCUCCUGCUAAAUGAUGAGUUGUCUGGGGCUUAUAUCCUAAGCAAAGCUAUGCGUGAUGAUGAACUGAAAGCUUGUGAUCCUUUGCAAACCAAGGAACUAUAUGAAAUGAGUGAGAAGUUUGAAUCGGGUAUGAAAAAGGGUAAAUUUAGGUUGUCGAAAGGAUUUGGGGGCAAAGGACUUGAAAAUAUCAAAAGCAAAAGGGAAGAAGCCCAAAUCAAGGAAUUGGAACCCAAGAAAGGUCAAAAGAACAACGAUCAAUUGGAGAAUAAAAGCGACCAUUCAUCUAAUGAGCACGCUAAUGAAGCGGAAUCAUCUGCGCAUAUUCCAAAAUUGGAAUAUCAAAUCUUCAAAGAGCCUACAUUAGAGGGAUCCAUUAUCUUUUAUGCCAAAGUUUAUAUUAACGACCUGCCCCAAAUUGUAAGAUGGGAAGCUACAAAGAACACGACACUGUUAUUUAUAAAGCACGAAACUGGGUGUAGUAUAACUAACAAGGGCAGAUUUUAUCCGGAAGGAAAGGAACCGAAAAAUGACACGGAUGAACCCAAAUUAUACUUGUUGAUCGAAGGUCAAGAUGAGAAGGACAUACAAUUGAGUAUCGAAUUACUAGAACAAAAAGUAAAGGAAGGGGUCAUAAAGGCUGCAAAUAUAUCCUUGAAAAGUACAAAGUAUUGA